GUAGGCCGUGGUGGGGUUGGCAGUUGCCUUCACAAAGCACAAAGUGUAGUGUAGUAGAAUAUAGAGUAGAGCGGUGCUGCGGUCGGCCGGUCGGCGGCGACAGUGACGGGAGCAGCGUCGUGCAGUGAGGUCAAUCGUGUUUUGUUUCAUUCGGCGGGGAAGAACGAUCGGCAGCUUUCGUUCGACGUUCACGCCGUCACGGCGAUUCCCAGCUGGAUCGCGCACUCCGUUCCGAGACACGAAAGUUUCUCACGGAAUUUUUCUAUUUUUGGAAGACUGGUGAAAAAAAAUGCUUUUCAUCAUUGGCACGCACGUUAGGCACUGAACGCCAAGACACUGUCUCUUUCACUAUCGACUUGUUGCUCAGCUCCGAUUCCUGACGCCGAAGGAGAGCGAGUCUCAGCACAAAAGAAGAAAGGCAAGAAAAUAAAGAAACAGAAGGAGACCGUGGAUGAGUAUCAAUUACGUAGAAACCUGAGGGAGCAGGCAAAGAUGACAAAGUCCACGGACCAGGAAACUGCGAUGCCUACGCAAGUAGUCGAGCCACAAUAUUCCGAAGAUAUUAGGAUCGGUGGUAUAGAAGGAGGCGCUACCCACUCCAUACUCAUAAUACUCGAUGGAAAAGGUGCGAAGCUAACAGAAAUUAAAGGACCACACACUAAUCAUUGGGUAAUUGGAAAAGACGAGACAGCUGCCAGACUCAGCGCGAUGAUAGAGAGGGGUAAACAAAUGCUAGAUAUACCAGAAAAUGUUCCUUUAGAUUGCGUAGCACUUACUUUAAGCGGUUGCGAGGAGGAGACCAUCAAUCGUCAAAUUGUGGAAACUUUGUUGGAAAAAUAUCCGCAGUCUGCCAAAGAUUAUGUGAUUAGUUCAGAUACUCUUGGUAGCCUUAGGACUGGCCUAGAAUCCGGUGGGAUCGUAUUGAUCGCUGGAACUGGCAGCAAUGCUUUACUCAUGAACCCGGACGGGAAGAUUCACAGUUGUGGGGGAUGGGGACACAUAAUGGGCGACGAAGGAGGAGCUUACUGGAUCGCCUAUCGUGCCUGUAAAUAUGUAUUCGAUGAUAUUGAUGGAUUCAUUGAAGCACCAGAAUCAAUAAGUUACGUUUGGCCGGCAAUGAAAAGUUAUUUCAAUGUGACUGAUAGGCGGAGUAUAUUACCAUACGUGUAUGCAAACUUUGACAAAAGCAUUAUUGCCGGUUUCGCCAAGGAAAUUGCAAUCGGCUGCGAAAGGGGUGAUCCACUGUGCUUGAAAAUCUUUGAGGAAGCUGGACAACUUCUGGCGAAACAUAUUAACGCCGUUUCGAAGAAGGCGCAUAACGAUCUUAAACUGGCUCAUGGCGGUUUAAAGGUGAUCUGUGUCGGAUCCGUAUGGAAAUCGUGGAAAUUUAUGAAAAAUGGUUUCAUGAACGAAAUCCACAACAGGAAUGUUGUGGACGAGUUGAGUUUAUUGCACUUGACAACAUCAUCGGCAUUAGGCGCCUGUUAUCUGGCCGCAGAGAAGAUUAAUUGUUCGUUCAUCAAGCCAUAUGAUAGCAACGUCGAAACUUUUUUCCAUUACAAACGCGAUCACUAUCCGGAAACGCAAAAGACAGAACAUUCGAUAGAAUUAAAAAAUUAUAUGUCUGACUACAAUAGUGCUCAGGUUCAUGGAAAUGAAGAAAGUACAUGAUAAGAUAUAAAUAAAUAAGGAAAUUUUGAAAAAAAAAACGCUAGCGUUUUUUAGUCAGUGCUAAAAUACAUUAUCUAUAGCAAAUACGUUACAAAAGUAACAAAAACGAAUUAUCUCGCAUGAUGAUUAAUCAGAAAGAUCUAAGUUCCUGAUUGAAGCGAUUACGCACAAGGGUAGCAGAUCUAAAUAUACAAAUGAUAAGCUACGCAGAUCUGCAAAAAAUGAAAAAUCGUUUUUGUAAAAAUUACAGA